AUGACAUCCACCGCGACGGAGGUUACUCAGACCCAAAGUCUUGCAGCCGUACGAAACUUUAUUCGUGUGGCCGUUUCGUGCGUCACUUACCUUCGUGGAUUGUGCAGUGAUGAAUCGUAUCAACCCCGUCAGUUUCUUGGACUGCAGCUGAAGCAGCUUGUUCGCUCAUCUGGAGAUGCCGGUGCCAUUUCACGCUGGAUGGAAGAGGGUGCUUUCGACGCGCUCAACAGGGGUUACCUUAAGGAACUCUCACUUUGUGUUCACGAACCAAACUGCACUGAGUUACUUGAGAGAUACUCGUUUAUGGUGUCAUACAGCCCCGGCGGCCAGCGGGCCGCACUCUCGCUUACAGGUGAAUCGAUGAAGGAAAACCUCAGUUGCUCCUUUGGCACAGUGGGAGGAGGAGGAGGAGGAGAUAAAAUGGGUAAAGUAUUGAGAAAACGUCGCUGCCGUCAGGAGGUACAGCAAGCGCUGGCAAGUAUCAUCACCAAACUCAUGGAGGUUGUGGAGGGACUUCCACCGUUACUGUGCGAGCGUGUCCUCACCAUGCAACUCAAAUACUACGAGGAUGUAACACCUCCCUCUUAUGAACCCCCUUGCUUUGCCCCUGCCAGUCCCAGCACUGUUGCGGCUCAUUACAGAGAAGAAAAGAACAGCACCGAUAUCGCCACACUCGACACGGGUCACCACACGCUCUCUAUUAACAUUCGACACAAAUUCUUCGAACAACUGCGGCCACACAAUUUGUCGCAAAUGAACAUGUACGAUGCGAGCUCCUCGUCGGCGCGAAGGGACCCGACGAAGGGAGGCAAGGAUGACGCUGCAGCUUAUGGUUGUAGGAACGAGAGAGGUACCACAGAAAAUCGCACCAGUAGGGGGAUUACCAACGACUGGGCCCAUGCAGAUGAAGUUGCGUUCCUUGUCUUCACAAGUUUUAUAUUAACAAAGUCUCCCACGGUAUCCCGUGGCCGUAUAACCAUGGGUGAAAUAGAAGAGUACCUUCGUGUCGCUUGUCCCAUGGAAAUUGAGAUGAAACAGGUUCAAUCAAUGAUGCGGCGACUUGAAACUAGCGGUAUCGUUUCGUUAGAAGCACCGCUUGAAUGGGCUGUGAGUGAGCAACGUUCUGCAGCGGUAGUAAGUGCAAUACUUGAACGACAAGAUGUAGUCUCUCUGCUCAGCGUUCAAACACGCAUGGAUUUGCGAUAUCUCACCACUGGACGGAAGGUAUCCCGUCUUAGCUCUUCUAAAGGGCGUAAGCGAGUUCGUGCAUAG